UGUUUGUAGUAUUGAUAUGUGCUAUAACUCACUAGAGACAUAUUCUGAGGUCUUGGACUUAAACAAAAAAGCAAGUCCAUGCGUAUUUAGUAGACAUGUUGUUUUGUAUCCAGUGAAAAAAUUUGGAAAUUAUUAAAAUAAUGUCUUUCAUUAAAAUAAGAAAAUAAGUUAAUGUUCCUCAUAUGUGCUUUUCUCCACGUUUCCCAAAUACCUAAUGACCCUUAUGUCAGGUAGAAUGAAUGAAAACUGAUAUUUUAAUCCUAGAUAAGGCUGCUUUCAGGAAUAUUAGUUUUAUAUUUAUUAUUUUUAUUUAAUCUGGAAAAAAAACUCAGUAUCUCAAAUGCUAUGUAUAUCAAAUGACCAUUGUAUAUUGUUGUUAAAAAUGUUGUUCAUAUUUUUUGUUUAACCGAUCCUGAAAAGAGAAAUAUAGGAAAAUUCCUAGUAUAUGAUUUUUGAUUUGAGACAUCUCUGUACUAAUCAGUUGUUCAGAUUAAGAAAAAAAAAAAGAAUUGAUCUUCAUUUGAUUGGCUGUAGUCAAGCUUGUCUGUUCUACUGUUGAGACUGAAACAGUUUUUAUUAAAAUCAAUUUGAACAUAACUGGAGACAAAUGAAUAUUAUUGCAAAGUUUUUAUAAAUCCUAAUUUUUGCCUUUCGUAACUUAAAAUAAAUUACCUUUUUCUAUCAUUGUAAAAAAGCAUAUUUAUGUAAGGCACAUUCAUGUUAUAGUGAAGUAUAUGUAAUUCUCACCCUAGGUAUUGUUCACACUGUCACAUGUUUCUGUUUGUUGUAUAACAUAAUGGAAUAUUGAUUGAAAGUUUGUCCAAUCCUGUCUUUUGAUAGCCUUUUUUGUGAUUUGCAAUGUGACUUCUGAAUCAAUUAACAAACAAGGCCCAGAGCACAAAUAUGAGUAUUUGGCUAACCAAACUUACUGUAUCAAGUUUCAGAUAGGUCCCUUAGUUACAAUAACAGUUUUUUUUCUUGGUCACAGUCUUGUCUGUUAUAGAUUCUUGGUUGCACAAGGUGUGGUAUGAGAUUCAUAAUAAUGCUGUAUAGAUUUUCUUUCACCUUUACUAUUCUUUGCUUCAAAAUUAUUGGAUCACCGAAUUGAUUUUUGCUGAAAUGAUAGCAGCAAAAAAGGAUAAAUUGUGAAAUGGCAUGAUAGCUUGCCCAGUGUAUCUUGACUGGUUCUGGCCGAUGUGCCAUCUUAAUAAUGAAUAGUUGUCCUGCUGAGAGUAAUUAUGACCUAUCACCUAGUAGACACUUAAAACAUCUUCUUGAUUGGUCCUGUGAGUUUCCUUGUUGACUUGGUUACUCUUACUAUUGAUGGUAUGGUAGAUCAAUAACGGGACUAACGUCACGGCACAGCCUCUACCUGAGAGAUGGGAUCAAUGCAUGCAUUCAGUAGCAUGGUGUACACAGACCGUAUAAAAGCUGCCUGGAGAAAGGAACAAAACUUUAGCUGGUCUGUGAACAAUACGCAUUAAACCAGUGUAAGGAGUUGGUUAACUGUUUGAAUAUCUUUAUCCAUGUCUGGGGACUUGCUGCUUCAGAAUCGCCUGUCACGUUGUAGUGGUUUCUAUGGUGACUGAUUAAAAGAUUGGUCAUUAUAAGAUAUUGGAAGAAAAUGGAUGUGAACAGUCAAACACCACUGUGAAACACCACAGGAAAUUGAUUGCACAGAAGAAAAAAACUAGUAAAUCACAUAAAAAGUGAUUUCUGUUCUUAAAACAGAGUGCACCAUGAAGGCCUGGCGAGCAAAAAGGUGCGUGCGUCGCAAGCUCCGAGGGAGUCAUCUUCUGGUGGUAUCAGGCACCCUGGCGAUUGGAUACCUUUGUUUUUUGUGUUCUUUUAGUGACAUCAUUGUACCUCACCUUAGUGAAUUUGAAGAUGGAGAUCAUCGAGUUUUGACAAGGAGACUUCUAGCUCUUGACAACAAUACCACUAAUGGCACUACAGCUAAAGAAAAUAAAAUGUAUCCUCCUGAACUUUUCACAAUCGAACAACUGAGACAGGGUGCAGUGGUCUUGUAUGUCAUUGGCAUUUUGUAUAUGUUUGUCGCGCUGGCUGUGGUCUGUGAUGAAUUUUUCGUACCUGCCUUAGGGGUGAUCACAGAAAAACUGGGCAUCUCGGAAGAUGUUGCUGGAGCAACUUUUAUGGCCGCGGGCGGCAGUGCACCAGAACUUUUCACGAGCCUCAUUGGGUUGUUUGUAGCUCACAACAACGUGGGAAUUGGGACAAUUGUGGGUUCAGCCGUUUUUAAUAUUCUUUUCGUCAUUGGGAUGUGUGCCGUAGUCAGCAAAGGUGUUCUAAAAUUAACAUGGUGGCCAUUAUUUCGAGACUGUGUCUUCUACAGUUGUAGCUUAGCCAUGCUGAUUGGAUUUUUCAAAGAUGGCCAAAUUGACAUAUGGGAAUCACUGCUGCUGCUAUUUUGGUAUUUUUGCUAUGUGACCUUCAUGAAGUUUAAUCACAAUAUAGAACCCUGGGUAAAGUCAAAGUUAUGCAAAAAUCGAGUGACUACUGUGGAAAGUGCAUCCAACCAGCUGAUUCAACAUGAGAAAACCGAGCGAUCCACCAGUCUCCCCAUCCUCCAUGGAGGCACUGGCAGGUUUCGGCAUGGGGUUGUCCAGUUGAUGAUCCAAACUAUUGAUCCCCUGGGAACAGGGCACAUUCAUGAAAGAGCUGUCAACCUGCAUGCCAUAGCUUCUCUGAAAGUAGUGAUUGAUGGUGACAGCAACAUGUCCCCAAAUCCGCAGUCAAAAAAUGGCAUUCCGUCCAUUUCCAAUGGGAGAAUCACAAUCAAUGGUACGUUUACUGCCACCAAUCACUAUCACCCCCCUGGACUGGUAGAUAACAAAUCUGGUGGAUGCACACUAACCACAGUGGAGAGCUUGUCUGACAUGGAAACUGGUUUUAAUGGCAAGCAAACCAGUGACAACCUAGCUGUUGUUCCAAGCAGUGGAUUGCCACCAGACGAUGCUGUUAGCCAGGCAACUCAAGACAGUGCCAACUCAGAGCAUGAAGACCCCCUGGAAGAAGAGGAAGAACCGUUGGAUAUCAGUUGGCCAAAAACCCCACGGAAAAGACUAACAUAUAUUUUGCUGGCUCCCAUAGUGUUUCCACUAUGGAUCACACUGCCAGAUGUGAGAAGACCUGAGAAGAAAAUGUGGUAUCCAUGUAGUUUUAUUGGGAGCAUGCUUUGGAUUGCUUUUUUCACUUACUUGAUGGUAUGGUGGGCUGAUUCAUCAGGUGAAGCUGCAGGAAUUCCGAGUGAAGUAAUGGGCAUAACCUUUCUAGCAGCCGGAACUAGUGUCCCUGAUCUCAUUACCAGUGUAAUUGUAGCAAGAAAAGGAUAUGGGGACAUGGCUGUGUCCAGUUCAGUUGGGAGCAAUCUUUUUGAUGUGACUGUGGGAUUACCAUUCCCAUGGCUGCUGAGUGCCAUAAUCUACUGGCGGCCCAUAUCUGUGGACAGCCAGGGUCUCUACUGCUCUGUGGUCCUCCUCUUCCUGAUGUUGUUAUUUGUGGUCUGCUCUGUAGCAGCAUUCAAGUGGAAGAUGAGUAAAGGCCUCGGGGUAGCCAUGUUUGUACUCUAUAGUGGGUUUCUGGCAACCAGUGUGCUGCUUGUUUUAGGGUUUUUUCAAUGCCCAUUUUGAUACAUAAAUAAUGGAAUAGUGGCGUUUGGGUCUGUCUCACUAUCAAUAAGCAAUGAAGGUAAUACUAAAAUGCUAAAACAAAGGCCGUCACAUCUAUUCCAUAUUUUAAGACAUCAUGAUAGAAAUUCUAAAUUAUAUUGAGUAAGACAAAUGACAAAGACAAUCUGUGACUGCAUAAUUUAUUUGUAGUUCAUGUACAUGUAUAUGGAGAAAUAGAAUCUCUGUUUGUGAUGCAGUUUAUCAUAAUACAAUCCAGCAUGUAUGACAUUGCGGAUUUUAACCUUUGUGACUAGUCAGCAUUUAUGGGGUCUAGGCCAGUUGUGGAUCCAAGAUAUUACUGACAAUGCUGGUUGGCUCACUAUCAGAGUUCUAGAGGUUGUGGGGAAACUUCAGAUUCUAGCGACAAAAGGAUAAUUAGCGUGAGCUUCUGACACCUCUGAAACUCAUUUUUUUAUUUUUUUUUGGGGGGGG